UAGGAUAGGCUCCACGUAUUGAUAACCGGGUCUGAUGCAUAUGUCUACUUUUAUAUUUGAAUGGUUCUAUGAACUGUUAAUCGAGUGAUCGAAUAAAUGUGUGUACAGACUAUCUGACUAUUGCCUUUCCCAGUGUUGUUUUGGGGCGCAACAAAGGGAGAAUUCUGUGUACUGUCAUUGCUGGAGGCAUUCACAUUUUGUUGGAAAUUGUUAGGAACGCUUUCUCCGACCGCGCAUCAUCUACAUCAACUGUUCCAAGAGAACGAUUUUCAGCUGCACACCCAUUUGUCUACACUGGCCGGCAUUCACAAAAUCUACCACACCCUGCACAGGCUGAACCUGACGGAGGACGUUGGACAUAACGGUCACUCCACAGCCUGCUGCUCCAGAGCCAUGCCUCCUAGGAAAAAGAGGAGACCCACUGCUGGAGAUGACCUGUCAGCUAAGAAGAGUCGCCAGGACAGGUACUACCAACCUGCUACACCAACUGUUUUUAGAAAACAUGAGGCACCACAAAUCCGAGAGGAGGAGACCUUCUCCAGUAAAAGAUGUCUGGAGUGGUUCUACGAAUACGCAGUCUGUGACGAUGUUGUGGGGCCAGAGGGAAUGGAGAAGUUCUGUGAAGACAUUGGAGUGGAACCCGAAAAUGUGGUGAUGCUGGUUCUGGCCUGGAAGUUAGAUGCCCAGAGUAUGGGCUACUUCACCCUACAGGAGUGGUUGAAAGGCAUGGGCUCCCUGCAGUGUGACUCCACAGAGAGGCUGAGGAACUCCCUGGACUACCUGAGGUCUGUCCUAAACAACACCAGCAACUUUAAGCUCAUUUACAGAUACGCCUUCGACUUUGCUCGGGAAAAGGACCAGAGGAGUUUAGACCUGAACACCGCCAAGUGCAUGUUGGGGCUUCUCCUGGGAAAGACUUGGUCACUGUUUCCUGUGUUCAAUCAGUUUUUAGAGCAAUCCAAGUAUAAGGUCAUCAACAAAGACCAGUGGUGCAACGUUUUAGAGUUCAGCAGGACAAUCAACCUGGAACUCAGUAACUAUGACGAGGAUGGAGCCUGGCCAGUUUUGUUGGAUGAGUUUGUGGAAUGGUACAAAGAAAGAGAGAUGUUAUAGCAUCAGGUAGACUGCAACAAAUGUCAACAAAACAACAUAAUACGACGACGACGGCUAUGAGAAAACAAACUAUACAAAAUGGAGAGGUGCGUGUCAGUGAUGACAGGUGGUGCUUCCAGGUAAUGAUUGCAGGGGGGUGUAAGGUACAAAACUGGGUGUACGCUUCCUUGGCGAGAUUGGGAUGUAGAUUACUUAUGGUCACUAUGGAGACGCCAACUAUCUCCGGGUAAUGUUCCCUACCCAUGUUGCAUUGUGGUUAAGCACAUGGAAGACCCUGUGGUGUUGCAUCCCCUCACUGUGUGCUGUGUGAUAGGAUAACUGUUCUCAUGAGUGGCUGACGUGGGCUAAAUGGUUUUGUGUUAGAGAAAAAUCCACUCUUCAACCCCUCGCUCCCGUGAGGAGGAAUUAAACAAACAAAAUCCCUCCCUUUUGAACAGUCGGUCUUAGUCUUAAAUCAAGGUCAUUUUGACCUGGGCACAUUUGAAUAUUGUAUAUCCGUGCUUUGAACUUGAUCUGUGCUUGUCUCUUCAUAACCUACAGAACCCAUCUUUUCUAUCAGUUUUGUCCUAUAUUUGGGUUGAAUUGUAAUUCUUAAAGAAGUACAUUGUCAGGCUGAGUGUUACAGUAGUUGUUCUUUUAGCCAUGGUCCCUAAAGCUGUUACAGAUGGAUGAUGACACCUCCACAGUUUACUAUAACUAAGUCAUUUGUGCCAGUGAUUUGAGCCCCCAGUGGUUUUCAUCCCCAUGCUCACUAUGAUACCACCAGCCUGUGCUAAACUAUUUUAGCCCCCUGCGAAGGCUUCAGUUGACCUCAUACCACAACUAACCAAUCAGCAGUGCUGCCUAUAAACUCUUAUUACAGUGCAGUGGUCAGUUGUUAGUGGACUGGCCAGCAUUCAUGGUUUACGCGACCAAUCUAUGUUUCUAAGCUGUAGGUUUGUACUUUUUUUUUUUUUUUUCUCAACAUUUUUUAUGGAGUUUGCUUUACUUGCUCAACACACCUGUGCACACGCACACACAGUGGUCAGGGAUUAGAUCAGGAUGAAUUGAGACUUUUGGGAUUAUCAUUCAAGAGGUCUCAAAACCAUGGACAUUGAAGGGUUAGAGUUAGACCAUGGACAUUGACGGGUUAGACCAUGGGCAUUGAAGGGUUAGACCAUGGGCAUUGAAGGGUUAGACCAUGGACAUUGAAGGGUUAGACCAUGGACAUUGAAGGGUUAGAGUUAGACCAUGGACAUUGAAGGGUUAGACCAUGGACAUUGAAGGGUUAGACCAUGGAC